GUCAUCCUUGUCAUCGAAGCACCGGGAGUACUGUCAAACAAUACUUGAAAUAAAUUGUUGUCAUUAAGGGGUAAAUUAAUAGAUCGACAUGGGAGACGGGAAGAAGGGCGAACGACAGCCGUUGUUAAAAAAUGAAAAUGUCACUUAUAGUUCACACGGCAGCGAUUUCGUUGAUGAAGUGGAAUCGACUGUUAGUACAGUAUCUGCAAUAGGUCCUGAUGAAGUGCCACCUCCAUACGAAUCAAGUAGUCAAUGUGGCAAGCCUAUGGUCACUUGUAGGGUUUGUCAAGCUAUGAUAGAUAUUUCUGGUAAAAGAGAUCAACAUGUUGUUAAAUGCUGUCAAUGUAAUGAAGCUACACCCAUACGAAAUGCACCUCCUGGAAAGAAAUAUGUCCGUUGCCCAUGUAAUUGUUUAUUAAUAUGUAAGAGUUCUUCACAACGUAUUGCUUGUCCAAGGCCAAACUGUAAACGUAUUAUUAAUCUUGCUCCAAGCCCAAUUACACCACCUGUUUUAUCUAUGCCUGGAAUGUGUAGGGUAUGCUGUGGUCAUUGUCAUGACACAUUUUUGUUUAAUACCUUAAAUAAUGCUUUGGCUCGAUGUCCACAUUGCCGAAAAAUAUCUUCUGUUGGUCCAGAUUUUGCUAGAGGUCGAGGUAUUGCAUUCACUAUUGUGGGAUUAAUAGCCUUAGUAAUUGCAAUAGCUGUAACUGUUGGAACACAUGCAUAUGCAAAAACUAGUGGUGGAAUUUAUGUAGCUUAUGUUGGUGCAUUUCUCUUGGCACUUUUGUGCUUUGGACGCAGCAUUUAUUAUUGUACAAUGAAAAUUAGUAUGAUAGAAGGUCCAAUGUAAUACCCUAAAUGACAAUCAGUUGCUAAUAUUUUAAAACCAAUUCCUCUAACAUCUAUGUCGUAUAAUAAUAUAUUUAGAUCAAAUGUUUAUAGUAAUAAAAUGACAUACAAGUCCUUAUAGGACAAUUGGUACAUUCUUACACAUGCAUAUGUAAGUUUAUAUUGCUAGUAAUGAGUUAUAUUCUUACAUAUACAUAUGCAAAUGUACAUGUUACGGAUGAAGAGGAUGUGUAACUGUAAUGUAUGACAUUUUCUCACAUAAGGUAAUAUAUCAAAAAGUACUAGAAGUUGGGGUAUCCAUUUAAAAAACAAAGGAUUGUUCCUCUGCACUUUUAUAUUGUCAAGCACAGGACCAAGACAACAACCCCAUUAUAUUGUUUUCAUAUUUGAAUGAAAAUAUACUAAUGAAAAUAUGCUUUCUACAUCUACAGUAAAUAUACAAAAUGCACAUAUAUACAUACAUAGAUAUAUAUGCAAAUAAAACAUUCUUGCAUGAAUAUUCCAAUUGUAAGCAGCUAUACAUACAGCUAUAUAUAUUGUGUUUGCAAUUACGAACUUGCAUUGUCAGAUAACGAAAGAAUAAAAAUAUCUUUUUAAGAAGAAAUUAUAAAUCGAUAUCGUUUGACAGACGUUUUUGGGUUUAUGUAUUAUUUGACAUGCAAGUAAAAUUAUAUAAAAUA